AAGCCGCACGUCUGCAAGGUCACGGGCUGCGGGGCUGCCUACUCGCAGUCGUUCAAUCUGCGUCAACACGUAGAGACACGACAUAGACACGAGGAGUUCCCCUGCACGGUAGCAGGGUGCGAGAGGGUAUACGCCUCAAGGGAGUCUCUGCGGGCCCACGUGGCCAACAAGCACUCCGGGGCCCGCAUCUUCCCCUGCUUGACCUGC